ACGACACUCGCCCUGAGCGCGGACAACGGUUUGUAUACAGCUAGCAAUGGAACUCGUAUUCGGCGUUCUCGCUUCUGUGCCCGUGGGCUGAACGGACGGAGCGCGACCCGCUCGCCAGGGGCAACGUACCUGGUCGAUAGGUCGUGUCGACUGCCCCCCAUGACGACCGCGCUAUCUUCCAGAACAUAUUCCUUCGCGGUCUCUUCGGACAUACAUAUACUGUCAUCCGUCGCGAUGGACGGUCCUCGACUGCCCAGGUCGGCUCUACAUUUGCCACCACAUUCUCUGCCGCGCCUCCCCCUUUCUGGAUUUUGGUGCGUGUAUUCGGCCAGUGCGUAGAUCGCCGUCAUGGGUCCUCUCCGCACGAUCGUUAGGCUUCCUUUGUACAUUAUCCUUUGGGUUUUCUCGGCACUCCUUCUCAUCCUGACAUGCGUGCGCUUGAACUAUACUCUCCAUCUUCCGAAGGGCGAUCCGCUGAACAACGGUCGGGAUUUCUAUGAUCCUAUUGUUGCGGAGCUGCUUGUCGUCUCUAUUCUGACUCUUGGCACAAUUCCUCUUGUUAUGGAAUGGGUGUCGCCCAACAUCACUUCGACAGCUUCGAGGAACCUACUUGAGCUCUCCGGUCUGGCAGUGCUAUGGCUGCUCUGGUUGGUCGGAUGCGUCGUUUCGACUAGCAUCUGGCCGAACUUGACCUUCUGCUACCAGUUUGAGCCCUGCCGCAUCCUCACGGCAAUGAUGGCCUUCGCCUGGCUUGGAUGGAUAGUGCUCGUCGGUCUCAUCGUUAUCGCCAUACUGAACGCAGUCUCCAAAGUCCGUCCGACCCGCGCGCCGAUGAUGGUCGAGUGGGCAUCGACUCCCUCGUUCGGAGAACCAAGCGCUGUCCAGCACAGCCUUGGACCUUGACUCGGGCUGAGGUGUAGGAUGAGUGUAUCGAUGCAUGCGGGGUGAGACACUGAUUGAAGUGCUGCUGUUUGACGUGAUCACCUGCAGGACGUUCCCGAAGAGCAGGCUCGUUAGGGACAGACAUUGUUGUACCCGGACUGGAAACUGUAAGGUGUCGAAGCUUCCUGGGUUCAAUAGAUACCAAUAAUUUGUGCAAAC